AUGAUGCAACCCCAAGAACAGCAGACGAGUUUUGAACUUCAAUCGGUGAAUCAUCUGCAGCUUAGUAGCUGUGAGAAUCAAAACGCAACACAACAUCCAUCGUUCUAUGAAUCGUCGGGUUUCCCGAAGAACCACAGCAACCUUCAACAUCACGAUUUGGAUCCUAAUCAUACCAAUGAGGCUCUUUCAUCCAAGCAAAUUCCAAACAGUAUCUACUAUGAACCAAUGUUUUUAAGAGAGCAGAGAAAUAACUUUCAUUUCAAUUCAUCAACGAGUUCAUCAAUGGUCGACACCACCACAACUCCGCUACAUCCUCGAAUGGAUCAUUCCAAUUUGCAAUUUAGGUUAACGACAACAUCAAAUUAUGGAGCACGGCCUUCAAAUGCUUACGUGAUGGAUGGUUAUGCCACAUCAAGAAUUAAAAGAAGGUUUUCUCUUCCUUCGACUUUGCAGAUUGACAAUCCAAGACUUACAACAGUUGAUGAAAAGCCAAUAUGGUCUCCCUCUGGAGAAAAUGAACUAAAAAAUCAAGCCCUUGAGAGCGAUUUUCAACAAGCAGUUAAAAAGCAGCAAGCACGAAAAGAUGCAGAAAGCAACUUUUUAAUCUCAAUCAUUGUGUGUAUUGUAUUUUAUUUGACAGGCCUUGGAUUUUUAUCGUGCAUGCCUUUUUAUCCCUUAUUGAAAUAUCGAAACAGCGAAGACGCAAGAAUUAACAAAACAGGACGGUUCGCUUUUAUUGGAUUUUUACUAACCCUGUUUUUCAACAUGCUUCUAACCACAAUAUUGGUGACACUUCUAAUAGUUUCGAUUGUGUAUGGCUCUCGUAAAUAA